AGAGAAGAAGCAGGCAGUUUUGAGACAGGUGGAGCUGGAUCAAGCUGUGAAAGUGAUUUGCUUGAAGCUGGUUGACUAUGAUCCAUCAAGCUCUCUGAAGGACCAGCAUGGAGAUUGGCACUCUGAACUGUUAAUGAGGACAUGGGACUCACGUUGUCAUUGAUCAUUUGUGUGGACUUAACCAGCGAAGAGCAGCAGAAGACGCUAGAAAGACAGUGGAAAUUAUAGCAGUUUUUCAGGUCACCAAAUUUUGUUAUUUUAAUUUCUGUCUGGAAGAAUGUCUGAGCAAGGUAAAUUGAACCAGGAGACAGCAGAGGAAGCUGCGAAAGAGCAGGAGACUGCCAUCUCCGAAGCAAACCUGGACAACUGUAUCCUUAAUAAAUCUGAAAGCUCGGAAGUAGAGGAGAAGGAGGAGAAGCUGAGCGAUGCCAAGACAGAGCUGCAGGUGUUACUGCCAACAAAAAGUUGUUAUGCAAAGCCUAAGAAGAAACGAGGUGCAAACCAGAACCAGCAGAAGAAGAGAUCCAAGUCAGGAGCUAAAGGAAAACUCGUCCGGAGUCUUGCUGUGUGUGAAGAAUCAUCCCCUCGCCCAGCAGCGGAAAAUAUUAAUGAUAAUCAGGAAUCAAUCCAGCUACAGCUUUCAAGUUUUCCUAGCUUGCAAGAGGAAGAUAAAUCUAGUAAAGAUGACUCCGAGAAAGAAAAAGAGAAGGAUAAAAAUAAAGAAAAAGAUAAAAACAGUGAAAAAAACAAGAUCAGAAUGUUAUCAAAAGAUUGCAGUCAAGAAUAUACAGACUCAACAGGCAUAGAUUUGCAUGAGUUUCUCAUUAAUACAUUAAAGAAUAACCCCAGGGACAGAAUGAUACUCUUGAAAAUGGAACAGGAAAUUAUUGAUUUUAUUAGCGACAACAACAAUCACUAUAAAAAGUUCCCUCAAAUGUCGUCAUAUCAGAGGAUGCUUGUGCACAGAGUGGCGGCUUACUUUGGAAUGGAUCACAAUGUGGAUCAGACUGGAAAAUCUGUAAUUAUCAACAAGACCAGCAAUACAAGAAUGGGCUUGGAAUUGGAGAAAGUGCUUAUUGAAGAGGUUGCAGCUGGAAGGAGGGCUGUGGCUUGUCUGGUCAACCAUGCUGCUUUUCAGAGAGGAGAAGAUGAUGGUAAAAAUGCACCAGUACUUGAAUCUCUCUGGGACUGCAAUCCUGGAGCUUUAGUGAACUCUCAGCCAAGUCUCUCUUGA